CAGAAACAUGACAAGAGGAUGAGCAAGAGGGAGGGAGCGAGACACCCUGGUAGGAAUAAACGGUUCGUCAGAGGUCUGGAGCUGGAGACGGCAUGAUGGGGAGCAAUGACUGAAACCACAACGGGCCCUCUGAUUCCCCAGAGUCUUCCUCUCCUCCUGCGCUGCUGCUGAAGCCAUGGACUAGAGCUGCGUCUGGUCCCGUCGGUCCCGCCGGUCCCGUGGUCAUCAGAUGGCUUCUCUACAUCUGCUAGCGAACAUGAGAGCGUGAGGCUGGCGUCCACCAAGGCCACCGCUGCACCUUGGGCAGCGCACACACAUGACCGCAUGACUCUGGACAUGGACGCGGUCCUGUCAGACUUUGUUCGGUCCACGGGGGCGGAACCGGGUCUGGCACGAGACCUGCUGGAAGGUAAAAACUGGGACCUCAGUGCUGCUCUGAAUGACUACGAGGAGCUCAGGCAGGUCCACACUGCCAACCUGCCGCAGGUCUUCAACGAGGGCCGCUACUACAAGCAGCCGGAGACGCGCGACACGCCCACCCAUGUCAGCAAGAUCGACAGGCCAUGUGCACAAAAGCAGGAGGACAAUGCGCAAGAGAAGCGUCUGUCCCGGGGGAUCUCCCACGCCAGCUCUGCCAUCGUCUCCCUGGCGCGGCUGCAGGUGGCGAACGAGUGUACCAGCGAGCAGUUCCCUCUGGAGAUGCCCAUCUACACAUUCCAACUGCCAGACCUCAGCGUCUACAGCGAAGACUUCAGGAGCUUCAUAGAGAAAGAUCUGAUAGAGCAGUCCACCAUGAUGGCUCUGGAGCAGGCUGGUCGUCUGAACUGGUGGUCCACCAUGUGCACCAGCUGUAAGAAGCUGCUUCCUCUAGCCACCACGGGGGACGGGAACUGCCUUCUGCACGCUGCUUCUUUGGGGAUGUGGGGCUUCCACGACAGAGACCUGAUGCUGAGGAAGUCUCUUUACACCAUGAUGAAGAGCGGAGCGGAGCGAGAUGCUCUGAAGAGGAGGUGGAGGUGGCAGCAAACCCAGCAGAACAAAGAGUCGGGGCUGGUGUACACAGAAGAGGAGUGGGAGAGAGAGUGGAACGAGCUGCUGAAGUUGGCCUCCAGUGAGCCUCGCUCUAAUCUCAGUAAAAACGGCAACACCAGCGGAGGGGUGGACAACUCUGAGGAUCCUGUCUAUGAAAGUUUGGAGGAGUUCCAUGUGUUUGUGCUGGCCCACGUGUUACGCAGGCCGAUUGUCGUGGUAGCUGACACGAUGCUCAGAGAUUCGGGAGGAGAAGCGUUUGCUCCCAUCCCGUUCGGAGGGCUCUAUCUGCCCCUGGAGGUUCCUCCGAGCCGCUGCCACUGCUCCCCUCUGGUCCUGGCCUACGAUCAGGCUCACUUCUCUGCCCUGGUGUCCAUGGAGCAGAGAGACCAGCAGCGAGAGCAAGCUGUUAUCCCUCUGACCGACUCGGAGCACAAGCUGCUGGCGCUCCAUUUUGCCGUGGACCCUGGCAGGGACUGGGAGUGGGGGAGGGACGACAAUGACAAUACCAAGCUAGCCAAUCUGAUCUUGUCCCUGGAGGCCAAACUCAACCUGUUGCACAACUACAUGAAUGUAACGUGGAUCCGAAUCCCAUCUGAAACAAGGGCUCCCCUGGCUCAACCAGAGUCUCCCACAGCGUCUGCAGGUGAAGAUGUCCAGUCUCUCGCCGAGUCCAUGGACUCUGACCGCGAGUCUGUGGGCAGCAACUCCAACGUCAACACCGGCAAGCCCAGCAAGGAGAAGGACAAAGACAAGCAACGGAAAGACAAGGACAAGAGCCGGACCGACUCUGUGGCCAACAAACUGGGAAGCUUCAGCAAAACGCUCGGCAUCAAACUCAAGAAGAACAUGGGGGGUUUAGGGGGUCUCGUGCAUGGCAAAAUGAACAAAUCGAACUCUGGCUCGGGGCGUCACGCGGAGAACGGAGGGGAAAAAGCAAAGAAGAAGGAGUCCAAGGCGAGCAAGGGAAGCAAGGAGGAGUCGGGCCAGUCGACCAGCUCCACCUCCUCCGAGAAGACCACCAGUCCCUCCCCCACAGACGGGGACAGGCCUUCCAGCUCUUCCCCGACCGAGAGACAGGACAGUGCGGGGAGAGGGUCAGGGGACAAGACCCUGGAGAACUGGAAAUACAGCACAGAUGUCAAGCUCAGCCUCAACAUCCUGCGGGCCGCCAUGCAGGGGGAGCGCAAGUUCAUUUUUGCCGGACUGCUGCUCACCAGCCACCGGCACCAGUUCCACGAGGAGAUGAUCAGCUACUACUUAACCAACGCCCAGGAGCGCUUCACCCAGGAGCAAGAGCAGAAGAGGAAGGAGGCCGAGAAGAAGCCCCCCGCCGCUGCAAACGAGGUGGCGGCGAAGAAGCCCGAGCACGAGAGCGUCUUCCAGAGGGAGAGGUCGGACAGCUCGCCCCCGGAGAGCUGCUCGCCCGUCCUGCCCCACCACACCUACAACAACUCAACGCAGCCCCUGCUGGGCCUCAAGGCCCAGGGCAGGAACAGCCCCACUCCUGCAGCAGCUCUCAUCUCCGUCCCGGCACCCCCUCUCACUCCACCCACAGUCUCUCACCACGUUUCCCACCCGGCGCCAGCCCCCGCACCUUACUCCUCGCCCAGUCUCGGUGCUAAGAGACCCGGGCCCGUCCCCGUGUCUGCCCAUUACAGCCAUACGCCCCCCAUCCAAAGGCACAGUGUGAUUCACUUACAAGAUGUCAACAUGCAAUCCUCCAUCUUCCAGGAAGAGCCCUACAAGCCUCUGAUGGGCACUCUAAAGACGUGCGCCACGUACCCACAGCAGAACCGCACACUCUCGUCCCAGAGCUACAGCCCCACUCGCCUGCCGGGGGUCCGCACCGUCAACAACACCAUGGAAACGCUGUCGUACAACAUGCCCGGCGAACACAAGUCCCACACCUACACCAACGGAUUCAACGCGGGAGACAUUCAGGACCGCCUGGAGUUUGCGGACGAGGACAACUCGUCUCACACCUGGCUCAACCAAGACAAAACCAAAGGGCGGAGCUCUGGAAGCCCUUUGUACUGCUUUCAGCAGCGCCGCUGCAAGAGGGAGAACUGCUCCUUCUACGGGAGGCCGGAGACGGACAACUACUGCUCCUACUGCUACAGGGAGGAGCUGAAACGCAGGGAGAGGGAGAGCAAGGUGCAGAGGCCCGUAUAGCCAUCACCGCUACGUCACAGCCACGACGCGGCCGCUGGAGACACCGGAGGGAACACCGUCUGCACUCUUGCCUGUAGAGUCACCCGACGGGGAACGUUUUCUGGAACCAUUCUGUCGAAGGAUGCCCCGUGUAUUCCCGUCAGCCCUUCCCUCCUUUGUAAAGGUUAUGACUUUUAUAAAUGGGGGAAGCAGAACUUGAAACGGUGAGCAGCUUUGGCCAGAUUUUAUUUUCUUUUACUUCUGUCUCAUCGGAUUUAGUCUUUUACUUGUUUUAGAGUAAAAGUCAUCUUCCCAGAAAGGUAAUUUUUCUGUACGCGAAGGAAAGCUCUUUAUUUUUUCAAGUACAAACGAUUUGCAUCUCAUCAGGAAGGAACCUUUUAUUAGCUCUUUUAAUCAGUUUGAAUGCAAUACCUCUGCCUGGUUCUUCAAAACUCUCUGUGGGAAAUUUGUAGUUGUUUUGCAAUCAAAAGGAAUGAAAUGGGGGAUUGAUAUUAGACUUUAAAGCAAUAAAUUGGUGAUUUUUUUUUUCUUUUUUUUUUUUUUUGCUACACUCCCAAUUUUGUCUAUGCACCGAUAAUAUAGUUACUGUAGGUUAACUGUGUCUUGUAAAUUGUAAAAGAAUGUCAAAAGUGUGCUUUUGUAAACAAAUUUGAACUACAGGAAUCAAAAUAUGUAAGCAUUGUAGAUUGUAACGUUGGAUUAGGAUGAAAUGUUAAAAUGUCUUUUGUUAA